ACGUCAAAACUGUCAAAAUUUUGGAGUGUCAUGUCAACGUAAUAUUUUCGUUUUCAGUGCAAACAUAAUCGUUGAAAAUUACAAAAAAAUAGCAAAAUAACACCGUAAAAGUUUGUAACUGCUAGAAAACUGUGGUUAUUAGUGUUAUCAAGAUGCAUUGGUACGGUGGCAGCAUAGCUGAGGCAGUUACACUGUCUAAACAGAAAAAUGCUAUUUUCGUAGUUUUUGUUGAAGGUGACAACGAGCUGUCAUCCGAGAUGACGUCAGUGCUGGACGACGCAGCGGUGCUGCAGAGGCUCGGCAACAGCACCAACUUCCUGGCCAUCCGGCUGAAGAGUGGCUCCACGGACUACACACACUUUGCGCAGAUCUACCAAUUUGUGCCAGUGCCAUCGCUAUUCUUCAUCGGGCGCAACGGUACUCCGUUGGAGGUGGUCUGCGCGGGAGUGCAGCCAGCUAACCUGGCCACCAGGAUCGACAGGAUCCUGGAGGAGCAUCACAAAGAGAAACCAACGCCGUCGUCUAACAUUAAGGAGCAAACGGCCAAUUUGCUGGCAUCCGAAACCACCCCCGCCCCUGCGCCCGCCCCCACGCCGGGGGGGAGCAAAGUGCCUGCCACCGCGCCUGUCAAAGAAACAGAACCAUCAGGACCGGCCGCGAAAGUGGCCAAACUGGACGAGCAAGAAGUGGUGUGUAAAGACGAUGUUUGCAUCCGCCGCCCGCGCGCCGACGGUGCCGGACCUAGCAAGACCCCUGACGCUACUGUUACACAAAAGGAACCAGAAGCGAAGUUAGCAGCGACGGAGAGUAAUCUGAGCGCAGAAGAGAAGAUGGAAAGAGCUAAAGCUCUCAUCGAGGCCAAGAGGAAAGAGAAAGCAGAGAAAGAGAGAGAGCUAGAGAAAGAGAAGGAGAAGGAGAGACGCAACAUCGGGCAAGGGGUAGCGGAGUUGAAGAAAUGGCAGGCAGAGCAGGAACUGAAACAGUUGCAGGAGGAGCGCAAACGCGAGAAAUUGGAGAACGACCUCGCUAGACAACGCAUCUUGGAGCAGAUCGCGCAGGACCGCGCCGAGCGACGCGCCAGGGAGGCCAGGGACGCGCCACAGACACUAGAGUGCCACCGGGUAGAAACCACCAUUCCAGCCACGUCUGGGGACGGCGCCAUACAAGCCCGAGUGCAGUUCAAGCUGCCGGACGGGACUACCCAUACAAACCACUUCCCGGCCGAGGCGAGGCUAGCCGAGGUGCACCGAUACGUCGCAGACAACUUGGAUUUGCCCACCGCGCAAUUCUCCUUAUGGCUGGCGUUCCCUCGCCGAGAGCUGACCGACACAGAAGCGACACUCCGGCGACUCGAACUAGCGCCGUCCGCGGCUUUGCUCGUGCUGCCGCGCGCCGCCGUGCCAGCGCGUCCCUCCGCCGUCGGCAACGUCAUAGGUGAGACAGUGUCGUUCCCUCGCCGAGAGCUGGCCGACACAGAAGCGACACUCCGGCGACUCGAACUAGCGCCGUCCGCGGCUUUGCUCGUGCUGCCGCGCGCCGCCGUGCCAGCGCGUCCCUCCGCCGUCGGCAACGUCAUAGCCCUAGUGACGCAAAUCCUGUCGACCGUGAUCUUGGAGCCGUCGACGCGUCUGUACGCGUGGCUGGUGUCGCUCGUGUCGCCCGCGAGGGGCGUGGCCCCCGCGCCGGGGGGCGUGGCCCCCGCGCCGGGGGGCGUGGCCCCCGCGCCGGGGGGCGGCGCGCCGGCUCGCGGAGUCCCCGCCCCCGCGCCCGCGAGGAGGGGCAACGUGCACCGGCUAAGGGGGGAACGACCUGACGAUGACAACAACACAUGGAAUGGGAAUUCGACACAACAGAUGUAGACAUCUAAUUAUCAUCAACAAUAUGAAGAAAAUACA